AUGGCUGACUAUGUGAUUAUCGGUGCUGGAGUGUUCGGAGUCUCAACGGCUUUGUACCUUGCCACAAGCGAACCCAACGCCAAGAUUGUCCUAAUUGACCGCUCGUCGUCUCCGUAUCCUUCCGCUGCCUCUUCGGAUUUGAACAGAAUCAUCCGUGCUGACUACAGUGAUAUCUUCUAUAUGCGACUGGCCCUUAAGGCCAUCGAAAAGUGGAAUACAGACCCCCUCUAUAACCCGCACUUCCACAAGACGGGAAUGCUAUUUGCCGAGGAAAUCGGCAUGGGUAGAGCUAGUUUCAACAACUACAUAGAAAUAGGUGCCGAUCCAGGGGCGCAGAUAUUCACAGUGGAUCAAGCGCGCCAGGAAUUUCCUGUUUUCGCCAAAUCGAACUGGAAGGAUGUCGCGGACGACAUGUAUUACAACCCGUGUAGCGGCUGGGCCGAUGCAGACCCAUCUAUGCGUGCCGCCGCAGGGGCCGCUCUGGCUGCUGGAGUUGAAUAUAUCCAAGGAACGGUCGAGAGACUUUUAUUCAAAGAUGACGGCAACAACCAAGACGUCUGCGUCGGCGUCAAGACUGCCGAUGGUGAUGAGAUCAGAGGCAAGAAAAUCUUGCUAUGCACGGGGGCGUGGACAGCGAAGCUCAUCGCCGACAGCGCGCCGCAGAACACGAAGCUCCAGGUCAACGGGCGCAUGGUGGCCGCAGCAGCAACAUGCUGUAUGGUUCGAUGCGCUCCCGAGCAGCUUUCUCUGUAUCGCGACGCGCCCGUUCACUUUCUUGGAAUGCAUCAUACACACGGAGAAAGUAUCCCUCCGAACGCUGAAGGGAUUCUAAAGUUCAACUAUGAAGUCAGCUUCACCAACGUGGAACAUCAUGAAGCUUCAGGGCAGACCCUAUCCAUCCCCCCGGUACAUGCCUCGCAAACUACCUGGAGUCAAAGGGUGCCUGAGCAAUUAAAACAGAAAGUGAGGACAGUUGUCGACCACGUGUAUGGAAAGAAUGCGCCUGGCCUAACUUUCGACUCUUAUCGGAUGUGUUGGGACGCUGUUACACCCAAUCAAGACUGGAUCAUCAGCUCCCAUCCUGCAUGCGAGGGUCUUUACUUGGCGGGAGGCGGCUCAUUCCACAGUUUCAAGUUCCUACCCAUUCUCGGCCAAUAUGUCGCGAGGAUGCUCAAUAACCAGCUAACGCCCGAAGAGAAAGACAGGUGGGCUUGGGAUCGGCCCAAUGUUGGUGCGGCAUGUGAGAUGUACAUCCCACAAAAUGAUUUGAAGGACUUUGUAUGA